AUGAGAAUGAAUUCAUUGACUGUAGAUGUUUUGCCUGGGAACUCUCACAUAAGGAAGAGCACUGGUACUUUGACAGACAGAACAAGUACUUUUCAAAAGAACACAGAUGAAAUAAGAAAUCGGGUGCAGCAGAAUGGGGCGUUACAGAUUGUAGUUGAUGAAGAGCCGGAAUUUCUCAGGACAUUGGGAGAUCAUGAAGUCGAGGUGAUUGAAGAGAAUACUAUUGGUCAAGUGGUGCAAGGUGAAGAUGGUGAAUUUUAUGUUGUAGUUGAUGACAGCAGUCCAGACGUAUCUGGCCUUCAAGAGCCAGGUACAGCAGAAUUAGUAGUCACUGAAGAUGGAUCACAGACAUACUUUUUACCAAAUGCAGGGGUCAAUGAUCCUGUAAGAGAGGAUGUUAUAACAAAUGAACAGGGGACUUUCGUUCAUAGAGCCGAAGGUACUGCAGAAAGUAAUGGUGUCAUUUCCAACCGACGCGCUUUAAAAACUGUGCUCAUUGAUUCUGGUAACGGGACAUACGAAAUGGCCCAGAUGUAUGAUGAUAAUGAAGGAGUAGCUAUUGAUUCUCGUGGUGAACCGAUAAAUGUAGGUGCUAUUACAACAGCUGAAACCGGUGAAUCUCUUGGUGUAGGUUCUGAUCCUUUUCCACAAGGAAUGAAGAUGAGAAGGAAUCGGGUUUAUGGAGAGUGUCGUUGCUCCGAAUGUGGUCAGUCGUUUGUGAAUACAGCCAGGCUUGAACGGCACCUUGCAGUCCAUCAGAUUUUUGGUUCCUUCCUCUGUCCGCUCUGUGGGAAAACUUACAAGUACGAGUAUAAUUUGUUCUACCAUUGGAGGAGGACAUGUCGGGAUCUCAAUGAGCUUGUAUCGCUGGAGGACCGCAAGACAAUGGAUGUAAAUGCUCUUCGACAGCUAGUGGAUGACGUUGCUUUGAAAAAGUCAGAAAUAGAUCAGAUUGAAAUUGGCAUUAAUCGUAAUUUUUUGUUUGGAACAUCUCCGUAUGCGAGGCUUGAAAUGCCCUCUGGUUACGUCGGAUGUAGAGGAACGACAUGUGGUGUUUGUGGAAUUGUCGUUCCUUCAGCUCACCUGCAUAAACAUCUUUCUUUACAUCGCGGUGAAUCAGUUGUUGAUAAUCGAAAUGUUUCCGGUGGUUUCUUCUGUGAUCUCUGUGGCAUUAUGUUCAGACAGCACUUCAAUCUGAUCAAACAUUGGCGAACAAGUUGUCCAGAAAUUCAAGCAAAUUUGCCGGAGGACGAAGAUAUAACGAUGGAUGACGACGGUCUAAGGAGAAUGGUUACCAGGUUGAUGAGAAGGUCUCCGGAAGAUAUAGAAGAAGGACAUAUGAAAAUAGACCCUGAUCCACGACCUCCGGAUGAAAUAAUUGAGAAAAGUCAGUUAUCGGAAAGCGGUGGUACCCAAGUGGCAGCCGGAGUCGGAGAAACAAAAGUUGAUGAAGUAGUUGUGGCUGCUUUAAACGGUGUGGCUACUGAACCGUGCCAGGAAGGUCCGCAAUCCGUAGCUGAAAGGGCUGAAUCGAGUGUCAUCCCGGAAGAAAGGCAGAGGCUGGAAUCGUUCGAUGGGAAAUGGGGUGACGAGCAGGACAUUGUUUUUGCUGAUGACUUUGUGGUAGAUGAUGAUGGUGUUGUGUCUAGUGGAGAUUCAUUAACAGCCGCACAAAAUCGUACGAAGUGGUCGCUUUCUGGCGGCCCGGUUCAGUGUUCUGAAUGUUUUCGGUCUUUCGCUAACUCGGGCAGGUUGGAAAGACAUCUCGCUGGUUUUCAUGCAAGCUUUGGCAGUCAUCAUUGCAUACUGUGCGGGAAUCGUUUUAAAUAUGAUUACAAUUUGUUAUAUCAUUAUCGGAGAUCUUGCCCGUAUACAAGAGCAUUUAUUGAUCACGAUGUUAGAGAACAGAUAGAUGCUAUGAAUUUGCGAAAGCUUGUUAGAAACCUUUCUCAGAAAGAAGUGAACUUAAUGCCUCAUAUAUCUAAAAGUCGUAUUCCGUAUAAAGAUCCUGCUGAUAUUAUUGGUAGUCGAAGGCAACUGUUACGGUACCCGACUCCAGCAAAUCAACCUCCACCGCAUCUGUUAGUACCCCGUCCUGGUUUGGGUCGCGGAAAAUCAUGCCCUGUUUGUUCUGUUAUUUUUUAUGGAAAUAUCGCGAUUGAAAGGCACCUGAAGGCCGCUCAUCCUAUAGAAUUUGAAGAGUGGAACUUGCAAGGUUUACUUGAGUCUAGCUAUUUAGAGGAAAGUGGACGUCGAAUUGUUAUGCAAGAAAUUAUUGAUGAAGCCGGUGACGUAGUAGAGGAAGCGGUUGAGGAAGUUCCUGAGCCUCCUCCGACAUUAACAGCUGAACUUCCUGUUGAACAGCCAGUCGUUUCUACUUCAAGGAGUAGUUCAAUAAACGCAGAAAGAUCAAUAAGACAGGCACAUAUUGAAGAGGAUGAACAUGGCAACCAACGGAUUGUUGAUGAAAACGGCGUAGUUAUCGAAGCGACAGAUGGUGAAGUUCCUCUGCAAAUCGAAGAUAAUGAAAACUUGAGACAGUACAUAACUGUACAACUCCAAGUUCCUGAUGGGGAAAUAAUAUUUGUGGAAGAGAACGUGAGUUCAUUUGCAAGGUAUAAAUUAGAGUUGGGUAGAGGUGAAUGCGAAAAACAGUUGGGCAGUGGUGUUCUCACCGUCAUUUGUGAAGCAUAUGAGGAUCCAAACGGUUUCGGAACCGAAAUGGAUAAUGGCCAGAUCAUUGGUCCCAGUAGCAGCACUUACGUUGCCGCUGGCGAAUAUGUUGAAGGAAGUAAUAACCUUAACAAGUAUUAUGUCAAGAACCCAUCUUUUGCAGAAGUUCAGACAUCUGAUAGUCAGGAGUCGGGAAAUGCGUAUGACGUUGGACUUGAAGUUGCAACGAUUUUAACAAGAAUGAAGAAGCGAGAUGAUGAGAAAGAUUUCGGUGGUGAAGAGAUUCCCGGAGAACAGUCAGAUUCUGUCGGCGACAAUUCCAGAUUGGUUCGAGCUUUAGAGUCUCGAGAAGUUUUAAAUAAAGGUUAUGGGGGCACGAUUUUGUUGGAAGGGCAAAGAGAGAAUUCUGGUACUAGUCAUUGUUCAUCUAAAUCGGUCUUCAAGGUGGCUUCAGACAGUAGCGUGAUAGAUUCUAACUCAAGUAGAGGAAUUGUUUCUGAGGGUACAACACUUACAGCUGUCGCUGAUGGAGAAGAUCUGGCUCCACUGGUGAAGCGGUCGAGAAUUGCAGGUCCUUCGUAA